AUGACCAAAGAAACAAAUCAACUCAGGAAAAUAUUCCUCUCAAUGGCUCUGUGUCGUUUCGCUUGGUACAAACUACCAUUUUUCGCCGUUAUACACGCAUUAUUCUGGCUGCCAACCACGUAUCUGAUCGCGAUUUCCAAUGACCAUAUUUCACCAGUCGUACCAUAUGUAAGCGCACUUGGUAUCUAUCCACCGGAAAAAUACAUGUUCAUGGUUCUAAUGUCAAGUUAUGGAAUAAUGGCUACUUUGAGUCAAUGGAUUUGGUGUUGGAAAGCUGGAGUUCAAAUAAGAAAAAUGAGAUCCAUAAUACUUCAUUUUCUACGUGUAGUUGUUGCGGUAUUUAUGACGAUAGCUGGGAUGUGUAUAGUCGGACUUUCUUUUAUUAACACAAAAGAAAACAACGCUGAACAUUAUCAUUUGACUUUAUUGAAUUUUAUUUGUCAUGUUAUUGCAAUUCCUUGUGGAGCAGUUGUAAUCGCCUGUAUUUCAAACAAAUGGAUAUUAUAUUGUUUUGGAAGACUAUUUGUUGUUAUUCAAAUGGUACUGGCAUCUGCUUCAUUUGUACAUUUCAAUAUGAUUGGACUUAAAGUUUUAAAAGCGAAAGAUUUCUUCUAUAUCAAACCUUAUGAAUCGGGUUAUAUUGAAUUUGUAUGGAGUGCAGUAAGCGAAUGGUGCGUUGUUUUGGGUUGUGCAGAAUUAACAUUUAUUAUAGCUUUGGAACUUCGAGAUUUUCAAAAAUCGGUUAUGAAUUUACAAAGAAGUUCGAAUUUAGAUGUGUAG